ACCAGUAGUACAAAAUAGAGAUAAAAGAAAAGGACAAGGGUAAAAUAGUAAAAUUGAAGACAAUCCAGUUGACCUUUCUUUGAGGCUUAGGCAAGGCUUGGAACCCACGUCUCUGCAACGCCCCAACUCCAUUGAUGCCCUCAUUCCACCUUACUUCAUUCCAUCCCAUUAUCACAAAAACUCUCACCACUCUUCAAAUUCACCCCAAAUCCAACUUAAAUUUCUAAUCUUUUUUCUGAAAUUUUGAAAAAAAAAAUUGGGUAUCGAAACGAUGUCGUUCGACGAUGAAGACGAGUCGUUUGAGCACACUCUUCUGGUAGUUCGCGAGGUGGCCGUAUACAAAAUCCCUCCCCGGAGUACCUCCGGUGGGUACAAGUGCGGCGAGUGGCUUCAGUCUGACAAGAUCUGGACGGGUCGACUCCGAGUUGUAUCGUGUAAGGAUCGAUGUGAGAUCCGACUCGAGGAUCCGAACUCGGGUGAGUUGUUCGCUGCUUGUUUUGUAAACCCUGGUCAGCGUGAGACCUCAGUUGAAACCGUGCUCGAUUCGUCGAGAUAUUUUGUUCUUAAGAUCGAAGAUGGUAAUGGAAAACACGCUUUUAUUGGGUUGGGAUUUUCUGAGCGAAACGAAGCUUUUGAUUUCAAUGUGGCUUUGUCUGAUCAUGAGAAGUAUGUGAAGAGAGAACACGAGAAGGAAUCUACCGUUGAUGGUGAGAUUAGCGAUGAUGCUCAUAUUGAUAUUCAUCCUGCUGUUAAUCAUAGAUUGAAGGAAGGUGAAACUAUAAGGAUAAAUGUGAAGCCUAAACCGACGAGUGGAACUGGGAUGCUAUCAGCAGCUGGACUUGCGGGUCCAGGAAAGCCGAAAGCAGUAGUUGGCCUUGCACCGCCGCCGGGGACUGGGAAAAUCAGGUCUCCGUUGCCACCUCCUCCUAAUGAUCCCGUUGUGGCUCGAUUGGCUUCCCCUGGUACUGCUAGUGCUGCUCAAGGUCUUGGUUUUAAGGCUACUAAGGAAAACACCAGGAGGGAUAGUGAUUCUUUAUCAGAUCUUUCUCCACUUGAGAGGAAUCUUCCUUCCGCUACAAGCUCGGGAUCAGCGAAGACCACCGCAGCUGGAUGGGCAGCUUUCUGAUUAUGGAAGCAAUUUGUUCAUUGUGGUUGAGUUUAUUCAUGUCUGAUGUUUUUUUUUUAUUAUUAUUAUUAUUAAUUUUUCCCCUCUUUUUUUCCUUAAAAAAGAAAGAAAAGAUAUAUGAGAAAAGUGAGAAAGCGCCAAGAACUGAUUACUUCUUAUCUGGAAAAUAAUUUGUUUUCUGCAAUAUAUAUGCUUCUUUUAUUCUAA